AUGGCCGAAACCGAGGCCGAGAAGUACGAAGUCUUGACCAAGAUCGGUAUGCCGUCGUGUCCACCAUUUAGACUCCUGCCGCUUGCUGACACACCCCAGNGUCAAGGUUCAUUCGGCAUCAUCAGAAAGGUCCGCAGAAAGAAUGACGGCCUUAUUCUUUGCCGCAAAGAAAUAUGUUACACCCGCAUGUCACAGAAGGAGCGCGAGCAGCUCUCAGCCGAACUCGACAUCCUACGAGGUCUUCGCCAUCCCAACAUCGUCGCUUACUACGAGAAGGAACACCUGAAAGCUUCGCAUGACCUGCACCUUUACAUGGAGUACUGCGGCAAUGGAGACCUAGGAAUGAUGAUCAAGGAUCUGAAGGCUCGCAACGAAUACGCCGAUGAAGAGUUUGUCUGGACCAUCUUCGCACAAUUGGUCAGCGCUCUAUAUCGCUGCCACUAUGGCGAAGAUCCACCGGAUGUCAACAGCAACGCCCUUGGCCUGACCAAGAACGCCCUCCCACUCAAGAGCAAGCAGGCGCACAAGAUGAUCCUUCACCGUGACUUGAAGCCUGAAAAUGGUACGUCCUCCCCUGCUUGUUUCGUUAUUCGUACAGAAACUAAUACAUCCCUCANNGUCUUCCUCGGUGAAGGCAACGCAGUCAAGCUCGGUGACUUCGGUCUCUCAAAGAUCAUUCUUUCGCACGACUUCGCCUCGACAUAUGUUGGCACUCCCUUCUACAUGUCACCCGAGAUUUGCGCCGCCGAACGCUACUCUUUAUACUCAGACAUCUGGUCACUCGGCUGCAUCGUCUACGAGCUCUGCACAAGGGAGCCCCCAUUCAACGCCCGCACCCAUCUCGAACUCAUCCAAAAGAUCAAGCUUGGCAAGGUUGCUCCGCUGCCACGCAUAUACUCAAAGGAGCUUUCAGAUGUCAUUUCUGCAUGUCUUCAAGUCAACCCUAAUUCAAGACCUGACACAGCCAGUCUUCUCAACCUGCCUAGAGUCAAGCUUGUACGAAAGACACAAGAAGGUGUUAUGGUCCUACAACAACACAUUACGGCAAAGGAAAACGCCAUUGCCGCCCUGAAAUCGGCGCAAGAGAAGAUCGCACGACUGGAGGCUGAGAAACAAACCAUGCACGAUCAAAUCGACAAACAGCUCAGGCUGGAGUGGGAGGCAAAGGCCCAUCUCGAGAUCAAUCGACAGAUGGACGUGGCAGGAGAAAGAUUACGGGAACACUACAGACAGCUCUUCGAGCAGCAAGUUGAGGAAGAGGUGGAGAGAAGACUCGCUUCGCUGCCAUCAUCGCGUACCAGCUCGACAAACUCGGCCUCAGACGCCAUUGAGCCGCCUAAGCGCUCCUCAACACCCACACAAUCGUUGGAAGAAUCUUCUUCGCUCGUCACCAUAGGAGAGGCCGACGAAGAAGGCCCCAGUCUCAACGCCCUUACACUGGAGGACUCGCCACUUGUUCAGAGACACAAGCCUCUGAGAUCGUCUAACCGCACUCCCUUCACACGCGCAAAGACCUUUGCCGGCACAAAUGAUGUCGCACCCAGCCCUAUGGAUAUCCAGAUGGCUGACCCUAGCCCAAUGAGCAUCGCUUCACUUUCUUUGUCACCGCGUAGGAACGCACCUCUCGAAGGAAGCAAGCUUAGACAACCUGCAUUCAAGGGACCCAACAUGUUUGAUCGCGCCACUCGCGAGAGCAACCUUGCUCUCUUCCCUGAGGACAAUGAGGAUGAAGAUUCCCUAGGCUCGGACGGCGGUUCGCCUAUCAGAUCCAGACCUAACAGCAGAGAAAACGACCCCUUCAAGGUCCUUGCUCAGCCCUCGAGACCUGCUGUCUCUAGACAGAAGACCAUGCCCACACAGCUCCAAUCACGCUUGAAGGCAGUACCCAACCUGGCACCCAGCACUAGACGUGCUGCAGCAUCACCUAGCCGCUCUCCCAUGAACAAGGGUCAAACCAUCAGCCCUAGCAGAAGAGCACCCGCCAUUCCUUCUCAGCCUUCUAAGACGGCGCUGGCCACGAAGAAGGGUGCCAAGAGUGAAGACAUGCUCAAGGCUGUUCACCGCAACAACCUGCAACAGGGCAUUCAAGGCCGCACUCUGGUGGAGCUGGCACAGGCUAGAGGCAUCUCAAGCCCAUCAUCGAGUAUGGAAGUGCCUAAGGUUUCGUCAAAGGCAAGCUUGGACAGAGAACCUUUGUGGGAUCCCGAACGUGAUGAGAUGCCUUCACCCUUCCUGGUCAAGACUCGCAGAGUCGGCAUCAUGCCCCGAUGA